UGAAGUCGCAUUAAACAGCAUCCGGAGGGAGGGUUAGUAGGAUACGAGGGUUUCAUGGAGACAAAGAUAAACAAGUUUGAUUUUGGCAAGGAUUGUUGAAGAAUUGAAGAAAAAAUUGAUGGUUGGCAUCUAUUUCGGCGUCAAGUAAAGAGGGAUGGAGGAUAAUCAGUUCAGAUUUUCUGGGGAAGCCCCAAAUUAUGUUAUGAGCAGAGCGAAAAAGAAAAUAGUGUCAACAACCAUGAUCAAGAACUGCACCCUGAUGGGUACAACGAAGAUGUACAUUCUCAAAUUGGAGGAUGACUCAACAAGGGAAGCUUGUGACAAAUGGCAUAGUGAUGUUGGGCCAAGGAUCCACAUAAUCCUUGAGAAGAACAAGGCUGAGAGCAGCAAGUGCAUUGCUCAUUAUGCAGGGGAGAAGAUGUUUCAAGUAGAGCAUAUGAGUGGGGUUCAAUUUGUAGUUGAUCUAGCUAAGCACACAUGCACAUGUAGAAGGUGGAACUUGACUGGAAUUCCUUGUGGGCAUGCAAUAGCUUCCAUUUGUAGAAGAAAUGAAGAUCCUGUCACGUAUAUACACUCAUGCUAUAAGAAGGCAUCCUGGAAGUGGGCUUAUGGACCUUUCAUUCGCCCUAUGGCUAUGAAGAGUUAUGGACACGCACCAACUUACCUCCUAUUUUGCCUCCUCUUUAUCAUAAGCAACCGGGUAGGCCGAAGAAAGUAAGGGCAAGGGAACCAGAUGAGAAACCAGCGGCACCUACUGGAACAAGGCUAUCAAGAUCAUUCCAUGUCAAAAUAAAAUGCAAAGUUUGUGGGGAGGAAGGACACCACAGGUUGCGUCAUCGAAAGGAAGGUGCCAAUAGUAGCAAUCAGGUAAUUUAGAGAACAAUGAUUUAUAUUAAUCUAUAUCUUGUGGACUUGUUAGGCAUCAUGAAGACUUGU